GAUAAGAAAGCAUGUGAGAGUUGAUUAUUUUCUUCAUUCUGUAAAACUAGCAAAGGCUGAAGUCUGGAUUCAAAACAAGACAUAAGAAAUACCAAAGUUCACUCAUGCCUCUUCCAUUUUAACCAAGGUAAGAAAAGGAGAUGAGAACUUCAGGCCCGUGGAAUGCAUUAGCAAAAGCAUGAGAUAGGACAGGGCGUAUGUGAGGAUGAUUGGCGUUAGAGAGCACGGAGACAUCAAACUUAGCCACCAAGUUGGAGGAUAGGGUUGUGAGUGCCAAGAUAGGCUCUCUGGGCCUCCAUUCAACAUUAUGCACAAAGUGCCUACCACAUGCUAGGCUCUGUGCCUGGCAGAGCUGAGCUCUGUCCCAGGCAUUGUUUACAGUUGCCUGGGCUGGCAGUAGCGAUAACGCCCUUGCGGACUUUGCCCUUUUCUCCCCGACCCAGCCUUCAGGCACUGAGGUGGUGGGUUAUGCACUGUCCUGGAAGGUGACUGUGAGAUUGAGGGACCUACUCAGGUAGACCCAAGCCUCAUCACCCUCACAGCAACCAUAUGUGCUGGGUUCUGUUAUGCCCAUCACUUGAAAGACGAACCUAAGGCUCAAUGAGAGUUGAUGUGACUUGCCCAAGAUCACACAGCUGCAGCAGGACCAAGAUUUCAACCCAGGUUAAUCUGACUCCAAGGUCAGUGCUCUUUCUUCCUGUUGCUGGGUUAAGCUAUUGUCUUCUGGAAGGCAUGGGUGGGUGUAAUAGGUUAACCAUGACUUGAGGCUGCCCAGGCACUAGUGAGAGACAACAGGUCAGGGCAGGUUGAGGGCCUGGGCAAGGACUGAUUGGAGAGAUGGUCCUAAAAUGGAAUUGGGGUGAGGAGAGACAUGGGUCUAGGGACACAGAGAACCCUGAGAUCAGCCUUGUGUCUGCCCCACUUUUGCCCCAGGCCAGCCUGUCUAUCUACUACUCCCUUUGCCCAGAGAAAGAACCAUGGGCUGGCCUGGGCCAAAGACAUCUGGCUGGAGUCCCCACUCUGUCAUCGACUAGCUCUGUGACUUGGGGCACAUCACUUCACCUCUUGAGCCUCACUUUCCCUGUCCGUAAAGUAGUCACCAUAUCAUUCCACUCUCACGGUUGUCUUGAGGAGUGAAUAGAAGUGGUGUGCAGGCAAGUCUCUCACACAGCGCCCAGCAAAAAGCAGGCACUUGUCAUACGGCAUAUCCCAGCAUGCUCUGGGCACCAUGCCUUCAUCAUCAUCAACCCCCUCCUGGGAACCAGUUCUGGCCUUGUCAGAGAGUCAGCCAGCUGUCAACCCCACCCCAGCUGUUCUGUUAAUGAAUGACCAGGGUGUAGAGCCUGGCCUAUAAGGAGCAGCUAGCCAGAGAGCAGGUGGGAGCCAGGUAAACAGUGGUGGUGGGAACAGAGAGGAGCAGGAUGGGUGGCAGGAUGGUGUCAGACCUCCUGACAGGGGUGGCCAUGGUCCUCCUGGUGCUACUACAGGGCACACAGUCAGUCUACAUCCAGUACCAAGGCUUCCAGGUCCAGCUGGAAUCAGUGAAGAAGCUGAGUGACCUGGAGGGGCAGCAGAUGCUCAGCCCCCACCUGGGGACCCAGAGCCUCCUGCCGUCUGUGUGCCAACACCCUGACCUGCCUCUGGACCUCCAGCCUAUCUGCACCUCCAAGGAAGCCGCCAGCAUCUUCAGAGCCUUGAUGAUUAUCUCUAGCGACGACUGUGAGCUGUGUGUGAACGUGGCCUGUACCGGCUGCCUCUGACAAGACCCUGGGUGUCCUGACCCUACAGGGGGCACUUAGCUCCCAAGUCCACUGCCUCCCACCUCACCAAAGCACAUUGGUGGGUCACUGGCCACUGUGGUCAUUUCCAACCUCCUACAACCAAGGAAGCUGGACCUGAUACAAAGCCACUGGGUUCAGGACCUGAGGAGGGCUUAGCCCCUGAGGAAGCCCUGCCGCUGAAUAAAGAUUCUACACACACAAAGACACAUGCCUGUCUGUUCAUCCCAGGAGCCAGGGCAGAGCUUCUUGGGAAGGUAAGUAGGUUGGGCAGAAAGG